CCAUAGGGUCGUCAUAUAAUUGAGUACCAAAUUGGUCGUACAGAACUCUUACAUAUUCCUCCCAAUUGGGGACCGCUCUGGUAAAUCUUGAUUUCAAAUAAAGCUGAUGCCACUACAGGGCCCUUCAAUGCACCGCUGUGAGCUUGACUUUCACAUCAAAAGGUGUGUCGUCAACCUCAAAAAAUUGCUCACACUUGAACACCCAAUCUCGUAAAUCAUCACCGUCCAACUUGGAAAAUUCAACCUUAGAACUCUCCGUUGGAAUUUGGUACCAACUGAUGUUGUGAGUUUUGGGAGUCCUCAGCGCCUUCCAUAACAAAGGAUGCGGCAGUCAUCGAAUGGUGAACAACCAAGACAACAAUCAUCGUACUUAUUCGAACUUGAUCCUUGAGAGCAUCAACAUCCUUGCGAAGUUUCACAAGAUGGGUGUCGUCCGCCACUAAUCCGCAACCAAGGAACGUAAGGCUCUGGCUUUUUUAAACAUUUUGGAUACCGUAAUAUGGAUUUUACCCGACAAUAUGACGUAGAGAAAUGGCGCGCGCGUGGAACACUCGAAUCCCAUCCUAACCACUGAUGAGUCAUAUUAUAUCACCACUCACCAGCUUUGCUUUCAGCUCAGGUUUUCUUCUUCACGCAUCCACAGCAUCAAGUUCAAAAGAAAUCUCGUCGUAGCUCAGAAUCCAGCUAUGCAGCAGAAAAUAACAAUACUCAACAAGCGUGGUGAAAAACUUAGUGGUGUGCUGCAUGAGACUGGAUCAGGAAAAAUUGUAGUUUUAUGCCAUGGUUUUCGGGCCUCAAAGGACACCACCAUGAUGGUCAACCUUGCUGCUGCUUUAGAAAAUGAAGGAAUCAGUGCAUUUCGCUUCGAUUUUUCUGGAAAUGGUGAAAGUGAAGGCCCUUUCCAUUAUGGUAACUACUCUGGUGAGACUGAAGACUUAAGAUCUGUGAUUGAAUACUUUGCUGGAGUAAACCGUUCAACAGUUGCAGUUCUUGGGCAUAGUAAAGGUGGCAAUAUUGUCCUCCUUUAUGCAUCAAAGUAUGAUGAUAUAGGUGCUGUGGUUAAUGUCUGUGGUCGUUAUGAUCUCAAGAAAGGCAUUGAAGAACGCCUGGGCAAGGAUUUCUUGGAAAGAAUCAAGAAGGAGGGGCACAUUGAUGUUAAAACUAGAUCUGGAGAUUAUCGAGUCACUGAGGAGAGUUUGCUGGAGCGACUCAACACGAACAUGCAUGAAGCAUGCCUCUCAAUUGACGAGAGAUGCAGGGUGUUAACAGUUCAUGGAUCAGCCGAUAAAACCAUCUCAGUACAAGAUGCACUGGAAUUCGCCAAGAUCAUACCAAACCACCAGUUGCAAAUAAUUGAAGGGGCUGAUCAUAAAUAUUCUUCACACCAAGAUGAAUUAGUUUCAGCCGUUUUGCAUUUCAUAAAGGAAUGCUUGCAAUGAGGUGAGGAUUAUCUUGCAACAGAUGGAGUCUUGAGAUUUGCAAUUAGGCUCUCCAUCUGGAAGGUCGUAUCCAGUACUGAUGGUUAUCAAGUUCACCAACCAUAAAUGUAAGUUAUUCUUUGAUCAACUUCUAGCCGUUAGUUUGGCUGAUCAGGGAACGAAUGAGAUAGAAAUACUCUGCUGUGCUUAGCUGGCUUGAAGUUGAAGAGAUGCUUAAACUUUUUCUUGGUUGUACCUACCUGCAUUGUGCUUUCAAGAUGCUCAUCAUUACCCCAGUUCCCAUUGAGCGGGGAUCAUUCAUCGAUUAAUUCAUAUUUGCCAAAUCUUAUGUCUUUUCCAGAGAAAA